AUGGUAGUCGAAAGCAAGGGUAAAGCCGAAGCCGAACUCGCGAAGUCCCUGAAAGCCGCAGCGGUCCUCGGCGGUGAACAGGCGGAGUACGCAAGAAAUGCCAGUGAACGUCGUCUCCGUAGCAGCCACAAGGACGAGGAGGCUGCCGUUACCCUGGCUCUCGCGCAAGCUGAAGCUGAGUCCCGUGCAGCGCAGGCGGUACGCGACGAUAAGAAACUAUGCAACAUGCUUCGAUCUGCAUCCGUUCACUACUGCAACACUCAGGAGGUGACCGCACUGGCGCACGAGUUGGGAGAGGUGGAAAAAGUGAACGCUAAACUUGAAAAAGACGAAGCAGAGUUCAACGAAGAGCUGAUAAAGUCGAAAGAGGACGAAGUUGAAGCGGCUGAAGUUGAGCUCAACAACCUCAAGGCUCAGCGCCAUAAUAUCGCGGAAGCGAUUCAGAGAGACGUGAAACUAGCCCAAGAAGAGGAACAGCAGGCUGAUCUGGAGGCGAAGUUAGCCGAACUGCACGAGGGCAGUUCAUCGAGUGAAACAGCCGAAGAGGCAAUCAAGAACAAACUGGAAGCCCUUGAGCAAGAAUCGAGGACAGCUGAGGGAGAAGCAGCCCAGCAGGAACUCAGAGAGAAAGUAUCUGAAAUUCGCGCACGCACAGACGAAACGGUUAAGAGAGGCAGAAAUACUUUGAAGGAAGCCGAUGAAACCACGAAGGCAUUCCCAACUCAACAUCCAAACAUCGCUGCUGCUGAGCAAGCGUCUUUGGACAGUAUUCAUGAAACUGAAACCGCCGCAGCAGUCGCGCAGCAUGACGUGGAAGCAGAAGAGGAGCUGUUUCCACAAGAAUCGGGAAACGCGGCAGCUCCAACAGAAAGCACGCCAGAACCUGAGGAAGCACGAGAGGAGGGCGAAUUCCCCUCCCUUAGGAGUACCGCGUCAGCACGCCGACAUGAAAAACUCAUCUCUGUGGCGUACGACCCUCAGUUGCAACCCCCAAGCACGACCGCGCAACUGUGUGGGGACUUGUGGUCGGUGUGCACCUUGCAAUUUUCCUUGAGACUGGAUGUUCACAGAAACCAUUCACGCGACGCGUUCACCACCUACACUACAGAUAGCCGCAAUAUGGCACUGGCCGAUGCAAACAGCCAGGCAGCGAAUCUCUUACACCAAAGGUAG